UUCGGUACCGUGUCUGGGCGGGCUGGGGGACUGCGGUCUGCGAAGCCAAGACGAGAAACUCGAGCAAGUAAUUCUCGUGGAAACGUAAAGAAUGAAGGUAACAGCCAGUUAUUCUAUAAUCUCGCUUCUUCUCCAUAUCCGUCACCGUCCAAUCGGCUUUCCUCCCGCCGGAAUAUUUGCUGGACGAUGUCUUGCACGUCUCAAACUUCUUUCCCAACUCUAAGGACUGUCACCAUAUCGUACUCCGACCUCAAGGACAGAAAUGUAGACUUGUCGAUGAAGAUUGAGGAAGGUUUUGGGCCGAAUGGACUGGGGAUUCUAUCAGUUACAGAUGUGCCUGGUUUUUCUUCACUGCGUCAAAAUCUUCUUCAUCUUUCACCAAGGUUAGCUAGCCUUCCUGAAGAGAAGAAGAAGGAUCUUGAAGAUCCAAAUAGUAGGUACAACUAUGGGUGGAGUCAUGGAAAAGAAAUGCUUGAAUCUGGGAAGCCUGAUCUGUUUAAAGGCUCCUUCUAUGCAAAUCCAGUACUGGAUGUGCCUACAACUGAUGCCUACUUAAUGCACCGGUAUCCUCAUUUUUGUGGAUCAAACAUAUGGCCUGUUAAUAGCUUGCCAGAACUGGAAGUUGCUUUCAAAGCGCUUGGAAAGUUGAUCCUUGAUGUUGGAUUGAUGGUGGCUUAUCACUGCGAUAAAUAUGCAACCAAGGGAAUGAAAAUAAAUGAAAAUGAAGGCCUUGAACAGAUACUUCUUCGGUCUCGGUGCCACAAAGGGCGUUUGCUUUAUUAUUUUCCAAUUCAGAGCACCAGCAAUUGCAUCCAAGAUGAUGGCUCUGCAUUUUCUUGGUGUGGAUGGCAUACAGAUAAUGGUUCCCUAACAGGUCUGACCUGUGCCAUAUUUAAGAGAGAAGGUGUUGAAAUACCUUGCCCUGAUAGUGCUGCUGGUCUUUAUAUUAAAACACGAACUGAUCAAAUAGUGAAAGUUGUCUUCGGAGAAGAUGAGAUAGCAUACCAAAUUGGAGAAACUGCUGAAAUACUGUCAAGAGGUUAUCUUUGUGCAACACCUCAUUGUGUCCGGGCACCUAAAGGAGAGGAUUCUUCUGGUGUUGACCGAUCAACAUUUGCAUUAUUCAUGCAACCUGAUUGGGAUGAAAAGCUCAACUUCCCCGAGAAGAUGCAUAUUCACGAAGAGCUGAUGCUAGCCAAUCGUUCUCUCACAUUUGGAGAAUAUUCUGAGAAGUUGUUGGACAAGUAUUACAACUUGAAAAGUUAGAGAUCACGUUUAUACUUUGGAGUGAACCAUUUAUGAUUGAAUGCCUCCUCCACCCGACUCUGAUGCUUAGGGAAUAAAUGACGGCGAUUACGUAUGCUGUGGAGAUUUUUUUUUUUAAAAAAAUUAAUUUCUAUAAUCUAGUAUAAAUGUAAAUUGCUUUAUGCUUGAUUCGUUUAAAAAUUGCAACUUGUCCAGUUAAAUA